AAACUUGCACACCAGGAACAAAUGCAAGAAAUCGAAUGUGUAAGAGAAAGGGUGCCUAUGAGGAGAAGCCAAAAGCUAGCUGACAAGAUUACAGCCCUUCAAAAGCUUGUCUCUCCUUAUGGCAAGACCGACACAGCUUCUGUGCUUCAAGAAGCUCAUAUCUCUAUCAAGCUCCUUCAUGACCAGAUUCAGAACUUGCUGCAGAAGACACAGACUUCAACAAUCAAUGAUGGAUCACUCCAGUUUCAGGAGACAGAAACCGGCCUACACAACAGAGGCCUAUGUUUGGUUCCCAUAUCAACUCCUCAGAUCAACAGCCUAUGUGAAGGGAAGCAGAAUUUUAUGCCCAGAAGCUACUAGUAUACUAAUGCUAGUGAUCUAAUAGAAUCAACCUAACCAUUCCCCCGGCUAGAACCACUCGUAUCAACUAUAGCAUAAAAGAGAUGGUAGUACUUGUAUAGACGUGUAACUUUAAGAAACAGUCAACUGUAAGAGUUACCAAAGA